UUGACUAGGCCAUUUCAAGUGUAAAGGUAAAAAAGCUGUUGAACAAUAAUUAUAAUUGAUUUUGAUUACUGCUAUAGUUUACAAAGUUAAAUUGUCUUGUGUGAUACGAUCUUGUUAUUAACCUUUUGUCUAUCAAAAAACACGAAUCUUAAUAUUUUUGUCCAGUGUGUCACCAUUUUGCCUCGUUGUUUAUAUUUCCAUAUCUUUCAUUUUCCCGUUGUUUCUCUUUGUUAUUCACAAUAUUUUUAAUUAUUUAAACAACUUUGGUUAAUUUAGCCUUGUGAUUUAUUAAUUUUUAAACGUUCGCCUUUACCUUGUCACCAGAAUUCUAGGUUAAUAGAUCAAUUUUUCUCAUAAACUGAUCUACAUGUCUCGAUUUUGUUUUCAUCAAUAAAUCAACUGUUGAGUUCCCUGUUGUUUUACCUCUUCCUUUUUCUUCACCAUUGCUCUUUUUAUUAUUGUACUGGUUGUUGAUCUGUUUAUCAUUACCUUUGCCCGCAAUUGUUUUAAAACAUGGUCAUUUCAUCUCAUCAUAUUGUGACUUUAAUCUCAAAGUAAACCUAAACUUUCUACUUAAAUCUGCGCAAUUGGUGUUUAGUAAAGUACCGGUUCGAUGUGGUUAUUUUGUGACUUUUUUGUCAGCUCAAUGGAUUAAACCUUAAGAAUCUUGUAGUCAGCUAUAGCGAUGAGUUAUGUCUUCAGAGGCAGUCAAAGUUAUAGUUCGAUGCCGGCCUCUCAACCAGAGAGAAAAGGACUUGAAAUGCAAAGUUAUUGUCCAGAUCAACCCUGCUCUUGGCCAAUGCAGCAUCAUUAAUCCUCAUGACCCAGAAGCCCUUCCCAAGCCAUUUACAUUUGAUGGCGCUUAUUUCGUUGAUUCUACGACAGAACAGAUUUAUAACGAAAUUGUAUUUCCCAUUGUUGAGAGUGUUACCGAAGGAUACAAUGGAACCGUAUUUGCUUACGGACAGACAGGAUGUGGUAAAUCAUUUACUAUGCAAGGAAUCACAACUCCGGCAAGCCAAAAGGGAAUCAUUCCUAGAGCAUUUGAGCACAUUUUUGAAGCCAUAGCCGCUACCGAAAACACCAAAUUUCUAGUUCAUGCGUCUUAUCUUGAAAUUUACAAUGAAGAGAUUCGUGAUCUUCUUGGGACUGACUCAAAGAAAAAGUUAGAUCUGAAAGAAGCUCCUGAACAAGGUGUUUUUGUCCCAGGAUUAUCAUGUCACCCAGUACAUGAUGUUAAACAAUGUGAACAAUUAAUGGAACUGGGAUGGAAGAAUCGUUCUGUUGGAGCAACUUUGAUGAAUGCAGACUCAUCACGGUCACAUUCAAUAUUCACAGUUCAACUAGAGCGAAUGCAAACUGGUGAAAUGGCUGAUUUUGAUACAACUAUACGCAAAGGAAAAUUGAAUCUCGUUGAUUUGGCUGGAAGUGAAAGACAGGCUAAAACAGGGGCCACUGGAGAUCGAUUGAAAGAGGCAACAAAAAUUAAUUUGUCUCUUUCUGCUUUGGGUAACGUCAUCUCAGCACUAGUCGAUGGUAAAUGCAAACACAUUCCGUAUAGAGAUUCAAAGUUGACUCGUCUUCUGCAGGACUCAUUAGGAGGUAACACGAAAACUUUGAUGGUUGCUUGCCUUUCACCGGCAGACAAUAAUUAUGAUGAAACCCUUAGUACACUGAGGUAUGCCAAUCGUGCCAAGAAUAUUCAAAACAAACCAACGAUAAAUGAAGAUCCGAAAGAUGCUUUGUUACGCGAGUAUCAAGAGGAAAUUCAAAGACUCAAAUCUCUGCUAUCGACAUCAACAGUUUCUCAAAUAAGCUCAAAUGUAAUUGAUAAUGAUGUACUUGACAAGAUAAAACAAGAAUACGACCAAAAAAUGCAAGAAUUGGUUGAAAAACAUAAAGAGGAACAAGCUAGAAAUGCUCAAUUGAAGAAUGAUAUGAACAAAUUGAAAGAAACUAUGGAGCAAAGGUUGAUUCGGGAGGGAAAUGAGGCCAUAAUACACAAUGAAGGAGAUCCUGAUGAGUUGAUUAAUGAGACUCCAAUUCAAAUCAAUGGACCAAUGGUUUCACCGGUUUCAGAUCUAGACCGAGAAAAGGGAAACAUCGCACAAAUUCAAGCUGAAACAAUAGAAAGGAUUCAAGCACUCCAAGAGAGAAUGGUUGGAGGUGAAAAGGCAAAUGAUCCAGAAUUGAAAGAAAAGCGAACAAAGAGAAAAAGAAUCGCUGAAAGACGAAUGGCCGCAGUUUCUGAAGCUCUUAAAAAGCUUGAUGAUGAUGACCAGUUGUUGCUCAAAGCUUACGGUGAUAUUACAGAGGAAUUAAGGGCCAGAACAGCUUUACUGAAAAGAGCCAAAAGAAAAAUAUCAACCCUGGAAAGUGAAGUAAAAGAUUUACAAAGUGAAUUUGAAACGGAAAGGACAGAUUACUUAGAAACAAUCAGACGGCAAGAUCAACAAAUAAAACUGUUGGCCCAAAUUUUGGACAAAAUUCAACCUUGUGUUCGUAAAGAUUGUAAUUAUGCCAACAUCGACAAGGUUAAAAGUGAAAGCAUCUGGGAUGAAGAUUUACAGAAAUGGCGUCUACCCGAAUUGCUUGUAACCAGAACUAAACUUCCUCCACCUCCAGGCUCGACACCAUUGAUUGGAAGCAGUUUUGGUCAGGUGGGCCGAAUUCAGCCCGGUGGAAGGGAAAAAUCUCUAUUUUCUCGAUCGAUAUCGCCAGGAAGAAGUUUCUCUUCUAAUAAUGUUGAUGAUAUGAUUGAUGAAGAGGAUAAAGAAUCUCUCUCUGAAUUUCGAUUACUUCAAAAGUUUGAGAAAGGAGCGGAAGAAAAUAUUGCAGCAAAUUAUUUCAAGCCAAAAAGACGAGAAGAGUUGCUGAACAAUGUUCGUAAAGUUACUAAUCUCACCGGAGCAAUCAAUGGAAUCAGGCCAAAUCGAUUAACUGGGUUACAUGGCUCAAAAAGUAAUUUAUCCAAUGGAAAUAACCUUAUAAGCAAUAGCCAAGAAAAUCUGAACAACAGUUUAAAGCCGAUUGGUAAUUUUGGUAAAUCGAUGACCACUUCAAUUGUUCAACACGAAUCACCGUUAUUAGCUAAUUCGUCCAUUUCAACGCCAACAUCUACAAAUCAAUCCACAAUAACGAAUGUAAAUGAUAAUCAAGGAGAUAGAAAAUUAAGUAAAUCUUUACCGAGCACUCGGAAUGGUAAAGAAGAUGAUUUUUUCAGUGGAUCAUUAAGUGCUGGUGAAUUACCGAGACGUCCAUUUAGGUUACAAUCCAUUCGAGUUGGAAGAAAAGAAGGAUUAGAACCAAUCAAUGGAGUCUCAAUGAUGUAAAAACAUAAAUAAUUAUAAUGUUUGUUGUUUAAGUUAAAUAUUUUCAACAUUGCUCUGGUAUCAAUAUUUAAUUUGUUUACUGUUGAACUAAAAAUAUGACCAACUAUUGAU